GGACUGAAUGAAGCUUAGUUCAAUUGCGAGGCCGACUUAAUUUAGUUAAUCCGUGAGCACGUUUCUGUUGGCUCUGGCGGUCGGUCUUCAGCGGGAGCAUCGCAGAUAGAAGCGAGCAGCCUCUGAAGGUGCACGGCAAGGAAUUUCAACUAAGACUUCCGAUCGCCGCAUAACCCAAAAUGACGGUCUCCCACGAAGACGAUGACAUAUUCGACGAGAUCAUGGAGGCGGUGGGCAACCGCGGGAAGUUCCAAACGCAGUUCAACCUCACUUUCAACCUGGCGUUCGUGCUGCUGGCCGCCAUGCCCUUCCUCAACCUGGUGCUGGCGAUGGCGGUGCCCGAGCACUGGUGCCACGUGCCGGGCCGGGAGCACACCAACCUCACAAUGCAGCAGUGGAAGGAACUCACUCUCCCUAAGGAGGAAGGAAAUAUGGAAAUGCUAACAUUCAGUAAAUGUAAGAUGUACGCUGAUGUCAAUAUAACGACAUUAGGAUCAUUGCCUAUUGAAAGGCCGCUAGGAAACGAUUCUACUCGUGAAAUAGUAGCAUGCCAAAGUGGCUGGGAUUACGACAACACGUGGUACACCAGGACUGCGCCAUCGCAGGAAAACUGGGUUUGCGAUCACAGCUUGCGAGUCACCAACACAUUUGUAUUCCAACAAGUCGGUCUUGUCGUGGGCACUUUCAUCUUUGGCAACCUUGGAGAUAUGAUCGGGCGUCGGCCGACGUUCUUCAUCUCGAUCGCGUCGACGGCGCUGGGCCGCUGCCUGCUCACCGUCUCCUCGGGCAUCUUCCCGCUCUUCCUCACGCUGGCCAUCGUGGGCAGCGGCGCCGAGUCGGCGCUCUUCCAGGCACCGCUCGCGCUCAGUGAGUGCUUCUCUGCUGCCCCGCGCGAGGGCGCCUUCCGCUGAGCGGGCAUGGAGGUAUCGGACAGCUCGAAGCGCGCGCACAUCGCCAUGCUGCAGUGUCUGGGCUGGACGACGGGCAUGUGCCUCAUGCCCAUGAUCGCCUGGGCUACUGGCGACUGGAUCACCUUCAUUUUCAUUACGUCACUUCCCUGCGCCUCCUUCCUCUUCUUGCACAGGCUGUUCCCGGAGUCGCCGCGCUGGCUGGCGGCGCGCGGCCGGGCGGACGACGCGCUGGUGGUGUUGCGACGCAUCGCGCGCCAGAACGGCACGCAGCUGCCGCACGACACCGCCAGCAAGCUGGCCACGCUGGCGGCGCGCAAGGAGACGGUGUACGGCGUCGCGUCGCUCUUCACCGGCUGGCGCCUGCUGCGCAACACCAUCUUCCUAGCCUGCUGCAGGAUGAUCGGCGUGCUGACGUACUACACGAUGGUGCUGAACGUGAGCAACAUGUCGGGCAACCCGUUCCUCAACUUCCUCUACCAGUCGCUGGUGGAGCUGCCGGGCUUCGUGCUGGGCCGCUACCUGGGCGACCGCCUGGGCCGGCGCUGGACCGCCACCGCCGUGCUGCUCGUCGUCUCCGCCUGCAACUUCCUCAUCGUCGCCACCGUCACCACACCCGGCCUGGGCUGGCUGACCGUGGCCACCGUGGUGGUCAUCCGCUUCCUCAACACCAUCGUCAACUACAUCGGCUACCUGCAGGGCAUGGAGCUGUACCCCACGUGCAUCCGCCAGACGGGGUCCUCGGUGGGCCACGUGGCCGCGGGGGCGCUCGCCAUACUCGGGCCAUACGUCGUCUAUUUGGGCACGGAGAACGACGUGCGCUACCCGUACGCCAUCUUGGGCGCCAUCACAGCGCUAGGGGCGGUGCUGGCGUCGCUGCUGCCGGAGACGCUGAACCAGCGGCUGCCCGAGACGCUGCAAGACGCGCAGACGUUCGGCCGCGACCAGCGCUACUGGAGCUGGACGGGCCGCAAAAGCUCCGCGGCGGCGCCCGAGCCGCUCUACCCGGCCAAGUAGACGCCGCGGCGGCGCCCUAGUAACUCUACUCGGCCAAGUAGACGUCGCGGUGGCGCCCUAGUAAUUCUACUCGGCCAAGUAGACGUCGUGGCGGCGCCCUAGUAACUCUACUGGGCCAAGUGGACUUCUUGGCGGCGCCCUAGCAGCUCUACUUGGCCAAGUAGACGCCGAGGCGGCGCCCUAGUAACUCUACUCGGCCAAGUGGACGCUUCGCAAUUGCUGGACAUUUGUCGUUGCGCCCCACGCGCGCCUCGCGCUCCGUGUGAAGGGAUGACGGAACUCGAAACUGGGCGUGUAACUGCUCCGCACUCAUUGAUUCACUGUACCUCAGAGACACCGAACUGUUAGUCGAGAUGGCAAUUUCACGUACCGAUCUACGACCUAGACUGCUUCCAUUUUAUCGUCCUCAGGAACGGAGUUGUCUGUGGAAACGAGGGUCCCUAAUUCUGACGUUCGAGCCGGAAUGCCUCCUUUUUAUCACGCACUCUCUUUUUACUACGGAUUUCACUCGACCUUACGACAGGAAUAGUAUUUUUAAACAUUCCCCAAGUUGCCUUAUAGUGAUCCCCAAGAGUAUAUCGAGAAGACUAUAACUGGUGACCAUUAGUGUGUGAUUGAGUUGCGUGGACAUGUAAGGUGUACUUUUUUGUGUGAGAAAAUGUUUAACUGUACUCCAUAAAUCCUGCUAGUGAAUAUUUCACUUAAGUGAGUCUUGCAUACACGAUUAUCAGUGACAAAAUGUAAAACCAGUGAAACUCCAAACGACAAAGAAGUUGCUGUGACACUGAGGCAAGUUCAAGAAGAGACCACACUUUGAAACCAAAAGUAGGAGGCAAAGAAGAAUUUGAAUGAUUUUUAUCAUUUUUAAAGCGCAUAUUUGAUGGUGCCAUUGUCACUCAAGAAUUUGCAACUUAUGAUCUGUAUUUUGAUUUCUGUGUCUGAUUUUAAGGAAUAUACACGGUAUCAUAGCUAUAUGCUUUAUUUUUACAUGUUUUUCAAGUGUAAACAUUAUUUUAAAAAUAUUAUAUAUCAUUGAAUAAAAUACAAUUUUAUCAGUAUGUAAAAACACAACGUACAUUUUUCAUUGCAAAAAAAUGCUUGAACAUUUAAAUCGUGAAACAUAAUUUUUAGUAGAAAAUGUG